ACCCUCUUCUAAUCUCUCUCUCUCUUACACGGGUCAUCACUCAGACAAUGACUCGAGUAUAAAAGCAAAAGGUGCGAGCUUCACCUUUGUCACCUGUUCUUUCAUCAACCCCGCAACGAUUUUGGUGCUUUUUGUUGCCAUUUGUUCUUGGGUUUUAGGAGGGAAGACACGAUCUGGUGGUGGUGGGUCUUUUCCUUGGGCUCUCGCUUCAAUGCGAAUUAGAUAAAGGCAGAAGAGAAGAGGGAGGAGCUUUUGAAGAAGGAAGAAGAUUAAAAAAGAAGGGGUCUUUGAUCAUGGCGGUCGCUGAGAAUGACGGGGUCAAGAUCGGCGCGUCGGGUCAGAAUUUGGACGCUACUGCUGUAUCGUCGGACGGGAAUGCGUCGAGCGAUUCCGCGAAAUCGGAACCCAGGAACGGUGCCGCGACCCAACUCGAUCGGCCCGUCAACGCCGGCGCUAACGGCCGCGCGGAUGUGAACGGCAGAGUUCUGGUCGCUAGGGGGAGUAGAAAUGGUCAAAUGAGUCAGAUGAGAGACGGGCUCCGCAGGAACGGAAGUAAUUUCGGGUCGAGUGGAUUGAAUGACGUGAGGGAGCUUGUGGAUAUGUUGUCGAAGCUGAAUCCUAUGGCUGAGGAAUUUGUGCCUCCUUCGCUGGGUCAGAGCUUUGCUUAUUUAGCUGAUGGCGGCUUUGGCUAUCCCCAGAAUUUUGUGUUACAGAUUGAUGGGGUCGAUGGCAAUGGACAUACCGGAAGAAGGAGGAAGAAUGGCUAUAGCCAGGGUAAGCGGCGGAUAAAUAGUAGAACUAGUAUGGCGCAGCGUCACGAGGUAAUUAGGAGAACCGUGUAUGUGACUGACAUUGAUCAACAGGUAACUGAAGAGCAACUUGCAGCUCUUUUCAAUAGUUUUGGGCAGGUUGUCGACUGUCGUGUAUGUGGCGAUCCAAGCUCUUGUCUCCGGUUUGCUUUUGUUGAGUUUACUGAUGAAGAUGGUGCAAGGGCUGCUUUGAAUCUUUCGGGGACUGUUCUUGGUUAUUAUCCUAUUAGGGUUCAGCCUUCCAAAACUGCGAUUGCACCUGUUAAUCCAACAUUUUUGCCAAGGUCCGACGAUGAACGUGAGAUGUGCUCAAGAACUGUUUAUUGCACAAACAUUGACAAAACGGUUACUCAAGCAGAUGUUAAGUUUUUCUUUGAAUCUCUCUGUGGAGAGGUUCACCGUCUGAGGCUACUUGGAGACUACCAUCAUUCAACUCGUAUUGCUUUUGUGGAGUUUGUGAUGGCUGAAAGUGCAAUUGCGGCUCUUAGUUGCAGUGGUGUGGUUUUGGGAUCUUUGCCCAUAAGGGUGAGUCCAUCAAAGACCCCUGUCAGGCCUCGAGUUCCUCACUCUCUGACGCAUUAAUUAUGGCUCUUCAUCUUUCUAGGACUUAUCUGCUGAUGAUAGACAUUUAAUCACACAUACAUAGGUACAUAGUCACUAUAUGGUACUUGCAAACGUGCCCGUCUAUCUAUCUGUAUCCUUUCCUCCGUCUCAGCCUGAUCUGUUCCGACGUGUAGGACAACUUCAUGUUUUGUUUGUCAAGCAUGUAGAGUUGAAGAUCUUGAGGAUAUGAGUGGCCUAGUUUUGUUGCAUAGUGCAAUAUGAGUUCUGCCCCUUGGAGGAUUGCUGUGCUAUUUGAAGAACCCCAAAAGUUCUUAUUUUGUGUUUGUUCCAUUUGUGUAGUUUAACUCCUGGACGUUUUCGCCGUUGACAGAUGAGUUGUUAAAUGAAUUUUAUGUUCGGUUAA